CGCCGCCGCUCCGCCAGGUCGCUCUCCGCCGCGCCUCUCCUCUGCGCCCGCUGCCUGCUCUGCGCCCUCGCCCUCGCCCUCGCGCCCGCUGCUGCCCGCCCUCGUCCCCCCGCCCGCGCUCCCCAGAUGCAAGACAGAGCCCCAGCCUGCUAAUCGCCCGAGUGAAAGCCCGAUGCCAUGUUUCGAAAUAGGCUCAACAACCAGAAACCCGAUGGAAAACUCCUAGAGGACUUCAAGGCAAACUUCCCCCAUAUCCAGCAGCGCUCGCAUUCUCUGGCCGCGCCCGCCGGUCACUCGCUCGCUGAUGCGCUUGACGUCGCCCACCCCUCCCGCCAACCCGACACCCAUGACGACAUCAAGGACCAGGACCCGACGCCGCGCGCAAACGCCGAGCAAUGGCGCUUCACGCCCUCGCUGCUCGACCCCAACAGCUUCGCCUUCACCUCGUUCGCAAACCAGCCCCCGGGUUACUACACCCCAACGCCCGGCGGCACCAACACGCUCUACCACAGCCAGGCCGGUGACCUGCACACGCCCGGCUUCAGCUUCGGCCUAGGAACCCCGCUGUCGCUGCCCACGUCCGAGGGCGGCGUCCACGCCGGCCAGAUUGCCCCCACGGCCCAUCUCCACGGCUUCAAUCCCCAUGCCCUCGGCUCGCACCACUUCCACAAUGUCAAUCCCUUUGGCAUGCAGCCCCAGCCCCAGCACUCGCAGUCGUUUGCGCCCCAUCAGUUCACCCACCAGCCCUCGGCCUUCGACCAGGGCCCCUUGGCGCAACCCCAUGAAAACUCUCCCAUGGACAACAUGGUCCCAGAAGUCGACAUGCACGAGCAGUCGCCCCUGAUUGGAUUCGCACCCCAUUCGUACCAGGACAACGCCAUGGCGCCCGCCGUCGCUCCUGCACCCCCUCCACCCAACCAAAACUUCCGAUACCACGUCACCCUGAAUGCCCCGACCGCCAUGGUCAAGCAAUCUGACGAAGUCCCGGUCACGUAUCUCAACAAAGGACAGGCCUACUCCAUCUCGUUGGUUGACACGGCCCCACUGCAAGUGCCGUCCCAGCCGCUCAAGUACCGCACCUUUAUCCGCAUUUCCUUUGAGGAUGAGCAGCAACGCCAGCGCCCUGCGUCUUGCUGGCAGCUGUGGAAAGAGGGCCGCGGCACCAACGAGGCCCACCAGCGCGGCGGGCGCCUGCAGGCGGUCGAGUUUGUCGAUCCGAGCCAGGUCGGCGGCGGCGAAGUCCAAGGGCGGCCGCGGGUGGAGCUGGAAUCCUCGUCGUUUGACGGCUUCGUCGUGACAUGGACACCGGUCCACAACGCUUCGCCCGAGUGCUCCCUGGCUGUACGCUUCAACUUUCUCUCGACCGACUUUAGCCAUUCCAAGGGCGUCAAGGGAAUCCCGGUCCGGCUGUGCGCAAAGACAGAAGUGGUGACGGAAACGGCGGCAUCGUCGCCCCAACGAACAGACGCUGAGCUGUGCUACUGCAAGGUCAAGCUCUUCCGAGACCACGGCGCUGAGCGCAAACUAUCCAACGAUGUCGCGCACGUCAAGAAGACAAUUGACAAGCUCAAGCAGCAGAUUGCCCAGGUCGAGUCGGGCAUGAAGGAUUUCGGCAAGCGGAAGCGCAGCGGCUCCAUCUCCAAGGGCAGCAUGAGCCAACGGCCCGGAAAAGUGCCCAAGCACAAGAGGACGUGGUCCAUGUCUUCGACGAGCGACAACCAAGCAUCGCGCGCGCCUGCCGAGGAAGAUCUCCACAUCAAGCUGGCGUCGUUGCAGGACAUGUUCAGCUCCACCCGACCCGUCAGUGUUCUCUAUCUCAAAGGCGAGCCCGAGGACGACCCAGACUUGCACCCCGUCGUGCUGGGCGCAGUGCCCCAGGACCUCUCCAAGCUCGACACCAACGUGGACGCGCAAAUGUGGGAUGGCCAGGAGCCGCAAACAUCCACCUCAUCCGUCGUGUCGCCCACGCCCAGCUCGCAAUCUCUCCACUCGGAAAAGCGGCGUGCUUCUUCUUUCCAGCGCCCGCAGCCCUUCCAGCCACCCACGCGCAUGACAUCGAGUGAAUGGCGGAAUCUUCCCCAAACAGCUACGGGCGAUCUCAAGGCCAUGGCUGGCAUGCAUGGAGGUGCAGAUGUGCCCACCAAGGUUCAACGGCCGUAUUCGAACGAUCACGCCCUGUCUGGAUGGAUCGAGGCGCUUGGCGUUGAUCAGACGUACCAGCCACCGCCGGAGCCGAUGCUCAAGCCCGUUGCUUGCUUUUUCGUCCAGCCACGCGUUGCCGGUCGGCAGCCCGACGACAACUAUUUCCGCGCCGUUUACCUCAUGGACCGCACCGUCAAGGAGCUUGUGGCGGGCAUUGCCAUGAAGAUCAAGAUGGAGCCCACAAAGGUCACGCGCACCAUUCGCGUCAACCAAAAAGGACUGCAGAUUCUCAUGGACGACGACGCGGUUAGCAGGAUCCCCGAGCAACAGGACAUGACGGCCGAGUUCCACGAGAUUGGCACACCGCCCGUGCACGGUAUGAAGCGCGAAUGGGAGGCUGACCCUGCAGACAUUCAGGUCGAUGGAGAUAUUGGCGUUGCGGAAACGGUCCACUCCACCGGCUACGAGCUUCGUCUUCUCUUCUAGCUUUCCUCCUUCACCUUGAUACCCUGUUUUCUUGGCGACGCUCCAACCGUAAUGACGCGCGUACCAUUUGUACCUUGGAGCCCUCGCAUUGCAUUGUGCGUGUUGGCUAUUACUACUUUUGACUUGUCCAAGUCGAGUGGUCGGCUUGUUUGCUUGUUUGCUUUGUUUCCUUUGUUGAUACCAUUCUCUUCGACUUUUCGGUGCGACGACGAUACCCAUUAUACCAUUACCAUUUUCACCAUUUUCAGCGGCUGAGAUUGCACAUGAACGAUCUGUUACGAAGACAUAGCGAGAUACACAUAUGCAGUACGACGAGGGAGCGUUGGGGUGUAAUUUCCUCUUACAGACAACAAGGAUGGCGACUUGUCUUACCACACACACACACACACACACACACACACACACA